AUGGCAUCCGACGAUGGCAGUCCUCUCCCGUCGGAAAAGACCGUCCUUCAACGCAUCGACGACUGGGGCAAAUCCUCGCUCCCGCCCUCCCUGCUUGCCACGCUCGUCACCGCGCUACACGCUCGACCCAUGCAGCCCCUCCCGCUCUUCCUCUUCGCCCCGACACUACUCUUCUCCUCGUACCUCAACCUGUCGGGCUUUACUACCGCCAGUGCCGGCCUGACCGCCGCCUGGUCCGGCCUCUACGCCCUGCUCGCUCUACGUCGCCCCCAGGGCCUACGCGCCAAGUUUACCCCGCGCGGGCUCGUCCGCGGCGCGGCCGUCGGGCUUGGCGCCGCAAACGCCGUCGCGGGCGGAUGGGUAUACAUGAGAGGGGAUUUCAAGAGGGAUGAUGAGCUUCGCCGCGAGAGGAGGCGUUGGAGUGGAGAGUAA